UUGAGUUGCAUUGUGGGUGUAGGUAGUAGUUUACCAGAUUCGCUGCAACACUAAGAGGUUAUAGUGUUCAUUCCUCCGUGAAGCGCACGCCGAGAGGACUCGUUUUCAUAAAUUCUGCCGACUUUUUGAAAUACAGCCGAACCAUGACUGAUGCAGAAGUUAAUCCCAAGGCCUACCCCCUCGCUGAUGCUACACUGACCAAAACCAUAUUGGACCUGGUGCAGCAAGCGUCCAACUACAAGCAGCUGAGGAAGGGAGCAAAUGAAGCCACCAAGACACUCAACAGAGGAAUUGCAGAGUUUAUUGUGAUGGCUGCUGAUGCUGAGCCCCUGGAGAUCAUUCUGCACCUCCCGCUGCUCUGUGAAGAUAAGAAUGUGCCCUACGUGUUCGUGCGCUCCAAGCAGGCUCUUGGGCGUGCGUGUGGGGUGUCCCGACCUGUCAUCGCUACAUCAGUGACCAUUAAGGAGGGAUCUCAGCUGAAGCCGCAGAUUCAGUCUGUUCAACUGGCUAUUGAAAGACUGCUGGUCUAAUUGCGUAUAUAUAAUCUGCAGGCAUAAGAUUUGUUUAGUUACCUGGGCAAAAUGAAAAGACUGUUUUAAAGGUGAAGAGAACCUUCUAGGGUUAGAUGAUUUUAUUUUAAGUCAUCCUUUAUUUUUCUUUUCCAUUUUCUUUGUUCUAGUUGCCUAUGCAGAAUGACAGAACAGACCGAUGCCUGUUCCACUGUACAAAUAUGUAUUUCUUUUCAUUUUGCGUUCACUUUCUUUAAAAUUAAAAAGUUGCAUUUGUUUCUCUUAAUGGUUUCUCCAUGCACUCCAGAGUAAAAUGGGAUCAAUUACUCCGCAGCAAAUGCUGUCCUAAAAGUACAUUUAAAAAGGCAACAAAGGAACACGGAGGAAGGCAUUAUAGUGUAAACUGAUCCAAUUCAAAGUAACUCAAAUGUGUAAUUGUUGCCUUCGUUUACAUGCACUAAAUUAAAAAUACUGGUCAUGGAGGGCCCCUUUAGUGAGGCUAAUGCAUGUUUAGUCUUUGAUUUGGUAUUAAAUAAGUGUAUAGACCAACAUCAAGUGGAGUACUGUACGCACAAACACGGCACUGAAAAUGGCACAUUUCCAAGCUGCUCAUGUUAAUAAGCAAGGCAAUCAGGUAUAGAAAAAUGUAUUUUAAAAGCAGUACUAUGCAGUAUUGUAUAUUAACCCUGUCAUGCUGAUUUCUGUAUCCUGAUAGAAUGCUAAGUCCCCCCCCCCCCCCCCCCCCCUCUAUAUUAGUAUUUUUGUAGCCUCACAAGCCUUACUUUUUCAGUACUUUGGCUGUAUCGCAUUGUCCUGCAAGGUUUUCACACCAACAAGAUAUGGCUUCUCAAUACAGUAACCAAGCUAUUACACACAGUAUACUCUGAAAUGGUGCACUCCCAAAGCCUUACACACACACACGUACACACACACACACGUAUAAAGGGUUGUAUGACAGUCUGGUAAUGGGGGUUCAAUGCAUGUCUGCAAGCAACUUAAAAACUUUACCAACAUAACAGUCAGGGAUGUAGUGGCAAAAAAUAAUACCAGAGCUGGCCUAAAAUCAAUGGCACAUUAUAAACAUUAACCUUUACAACAUUUUAGGUUGAAUUAUUAAAUCAUAUACCAACCGAUUCUAAGACAAAACGGUAGCGAUUGGGAUUUCUUCCUGGUUACAUUGUGAAAUACAAAUGCCCUCAUUGGAGAGUGCCAAGAAAAUAUAAUGUUAAAUAAAGUGUUUUAUGCA